AAUCGGCAGCCAUCGCCAUUCCAUCUCCUCACUAAACCCAACUAUUCACGACCCGUGACGCCAUUCCAGUCACGAAAAAACGACACGCCGUCACCCGGAACGAACAUUCCCUCUUUCCUACAAUGGCUAAGCUUACUUUCCUCGCCACUGUGGCCGUCCUCCUCUUAA